UUGGAGGCUUGACCUUGAGCAAGAGGGCAGAAGAAACGGCCGAGUUAACGACUGCCUGCAUGUUUGUGUUCAACACCCAGCUUGUUAGCAAGUAACUUUUCCCGUGUAAUCUACAACGUUAGAGAAACUGUACUUACCAAAAUUUUGGAGUGGGCAUUGUGACUUCCAACACGCAAGAUGAAUUACAGGGCAAACGAGGAAUUGCUCUCGUGUCCCUAUGAGCCAUCCCACCAGAUUCUUCCACAUCGCAUGGCACAACAUCUUGUUAAAUGUAAAAAGAAUUACCCAGAUGCAGAUAUGAAAGUGUGUCCAUUCAAUGCAACUCAUGUAGUACGCACUAUUCACUAUCAAAAACACAUCGUUGAAUGUGAAAACCGAGACACUGUUGAACUGGAGCUUUAUCGAAGACAAGGGAUGAAUAGACUGCCACCCGAACGUCAAGUUCUAAAGCCCCAUGUGACACAUCCUGCUGCAAAUGAGGAGGACUGGGACAAGGAAGCACUUGCUGCAUCUUACAAUCCUACUCAAAGAAUAAUUUACAAGACAAUAGCAAGAGAACCUCCACCCGGUUUUGGAAAAGCUUCACGUAAACUUUGGAGAACAAGAGAAGCACAAAGGAUUGAGCUAUUAAGAAAGGGACUGCCCAUCGAUGAGUUUUUAAUUACAUGUACUGAUGAAUUUGGUGGAAAGUACAGUGGUGAUUCUUCUACAGCAUGUGAAGGUUACCUCGGCAACAGUUUUUAUAAACACGAACAUGAAGCAGCAGCAGGAGAGACCAGCAAUAACCAUGCAAGGGUAGCUACUUCACCAAUGCGUCAUCCCGGUAUGAUCCUUGACAUCCCCAGUAGUCCUGGUUCAAGUUUCAGUCAGGGGAAAGAUACCAGUGUUGAUGAGACUGUGAAUCCUGGAAUGAUCCCUGCUUUUGUCAUGAAAAUAGACAGGUAUCGGAAAGAAACUGAAGUUGGAGGAAAAGAGAGAGAGGUUAGAAAUACAGCAUUAAAGUACCUGCCAACUAACACAACAGGAAAAGGAGAAAGUAGCUAAAGGGGAGUGUUUUGAGACUUAGCUUGUGAAGGUACAGUAAAACUUCCCUAAGGCAUACUAAUUGAGGGGAAAAGGUGGCUCGUAUAAGAGUUUGUCCACCUUAGAGCAAAUUUUUCCAAAAACACCCCCAUUUUAAGUUAUAAACGAAUACACCACCAAUGUAUUGUAUCCAAUUUUUAUGAAAGAAAUACAUGUUUAAAAAAAAUUUUAAUUUAAAAAAAAAGGAAUGAACAGAAAGUGCUGUACAUUUAUUUUGCUUAUGACAAAUGUAAUGUAUAAAAACGAUAAUGAUGUAAAAAAAAAAAAAAAAAAUUCAGUGUAUUUUUAUGGCAUAUAAGACGCACGCCCCAUUUUAGCAGGGAUUAUUUAAGGAAAAGCCGUGUUUUUUUUUUGUUUUUUUUCUUUUUUCUAAAAACCAGUUUUUGUGAUAUAGCUCGAAU